UCUUUCGAAAUGGGUCAGUAAUCUUUUGCGAUACUUAUGUUAUCUCAAUAUGGUAUAACUGUAACUUCUAUAGAAAGUGAUAAAUUUGAACAAACAAGAGUUCAAACAGGAUAUGUGACUUUUUACUAUUGUAGAAUGAUAUGAAAGAGAAGACAAUAGUUAAGAAAGUUUUUUAUGAUUUUUAUUCUAAUAGUUGAGAUUUCUCUGAAUUUCAAUUUUCAGAUUAUUUUAUUGAGUCUUUCUUUUGAAAAGUUCAGAAAUAUGAACUGAAAUCUUCAGAAAAUAGUAGUAGAUAAACGUUUUGGCCUUCUAACGAGCAAAAAUGAAAACCGGCUGCAAAGCUAUAUAUGCUACAAGAUAGAGCAAGUGACGCUCUACAAAACCUACAAGAUUAUAAUUCACCCAAAUUCGGAAGAGAUUUUUUAUUAGGAGAGAAAGUUUGUCUAGCAGUCAAUUUAUUGUGGUCUCAUUAAAAAUACUGCUUAAAAAGCGAAAAGGUUUUGGUUCAUAUAUUGUUGGAUAGAGCUGAGCACGGGCUAUCAGAAUAUGUAUAGAAUGUUUCAAUUUGAUCUUAAAAUAAAAGAGAAAAUGUUCUCGGAAAAUUCAGAAUUUUUCACUUUGACUAUGAUUUUUUGCGAAUAUUUGAAAACAGUAUUUUGCUUCUUUCAACCUUAAUCCAUAAUCAAACCUUUAACAAUUUGUUACCAAAAUGAUCAGCUUAUCGAGCUCUACAAACUCUGAAAAUUUGAGCCAAUUCUGAGAAAGUCGAUGUAAAGGUGGUAGGUUUCCGAUGGAUUGACCCUUUUCAAGAAUAAAGAGCAACUGAAAAAUAUAGUAAAAGUCAAUUCUCUCAAAGAAUGUUGUAAUAUCUUGCAAUUUCGAUUAGUAUAAAAGCAUGAUAAAUAACUUAACUGAAUGAUUCGUUUUAUUAUCUAGAUUCUAAAAAGAGCCGAUAAGUCUACAUAUCUCGAUAAUUGUACUUCGGAUAACUUAAAAUAUUCCUUAAUUUUUCUUGAGUAACAUUAAUCAGCAAUAAUUCAUUUUCUAGAGUAAUAUCUUAUCUAUAAUUAGAAUGCUAAACAGAAUUUUCAGUAGUAUCAAACUUCAAAAGUUGAAUUAAAUUCAAAUAUCAAGUUUAAAGUUCUAACUUUGAAGAUCCUUCCGGCGCGAUAUCAUCUGAUGCAAUGAUGAUUGGCAUGAUUUUGUGUUAGUCAUCAUCCGUGAAACUUCUUUCGGAGCACCCUCACCUGCGGCGAUUGUGUUUGUAUGUAAGAUUUUUCAGUCGUGAUUCUUCAAAGUGAUUUUGAUUUGAAAAUGGAGAGUUGAAAAGUGAAAUUUCAAUUGAAUUCAAGUGUCAAGUAUGACAUAUAUGAGAAUUUUUGUCUGCUAUUGAUAAUUAUCGUUAUUAAGGUCAUAAGAUAUGAGAGGCAGUUUUUAUUCCCUCGAAUAUAUAUUUGUGUAACUUUCGAAUCAGAGAUAGUUCAGGAGACGAAGCUAUUCAUCGUCGUCCUACGCUAAUGUUAGUGCGGGUUAGUUUCGUACUCACAACUCACAUCCAGUCGAGGGUGUGGUUGUUGUAUGUGGGUGUAGAUGAUCGAAGAAGAAUAACCCACACCCACCCAAACCCAAAAUUUUUUUUAUUUUAUUUUUCCUUAAAGUGAAUAAGGAGGAAACUUUUGUGUGAAAUCAAGUUUACCCGGAGAUAUUCUUCGUAAAAUAUGGUAAAAUAAAUAUUUUUAUUAUUUCAAUGGAUCAUUGUUCAAUUUUUUUUUAGAAGUCUUGCUGAUAUAACAACUGAUGGUCGUUUAGACAAACGAGAAUUUGCUAUCGCUUGUCAUUUAAUCACAUCUCAAGUAAAUUCAAAAAAAGGACCAUUGCCAUCAACUCUUCCACCAACUCUUCUUGCCAAUGCAUAA